CCCAAACAGGAGCUUUGGAGAGUACGUAUGACUUGCUUGUUGACAUGAAUACUCCAACAACAGAGCCAGCCCAACUGAUUAAAUAACGAAAUCCAAUUUUCCAUAAUGUCAUUCGAGCAAUCACUGGGAAUUUAUAAAGAUUUGCAAGUGACUCAUUUUCAUAUGAGUAUUUAGUCCGUCGCAUUAACACCCAUGGCCCCACCAUGUCAAGCAAAGGGCGUGGGGGACUCCUUCGAUCAGUGGAGAAUGAAAAUUUAUGCUGUUAAAUUUAUUCCUGCUUAUUGGUAUAGCACAUUUUAUCUCUCUCCCUCCGUACUUCUACCUUGUCCACUAGACCCAAUGGCAUCAACUACCCGGACGUCCCUGGUUUUUCAACAUGAUGCCAAGCUCAAUCAGCUUGAGACAACUGUGAUAUUAGUUAGGCCUUUCGGCGACAUCGAAGAGUUAAAUCGUCAGACUUUCAAAAUUGGCGGAAAUGAGGACUAUGUCGUGGUGACUGAAAAAACAAUAUUUCACCCGCAGGGUGGCGGCCAACCGUGUGAUGUCGGUUCGAUGAUUGGGAGUACAGGCCUCAUUUUUACGGUCACUGCUGUUCGUAUGGAUGCCGUGUAUGAUGGGCAGGUUAUGCAUCUAGGGAACUUCAAAAGUGAAGAUGCUGCAUCAUCCGUCAAGACAUUCAACAGUGGGGAGAAUAUUCAACAAGCUAUCGAUGUUGACAAGCGCCUACUAUACUCCCGACUUCAUACGGCAGGGCAUGUUCUAGGCGCAUCUGUUAGGCAUCUCGUCAAAAAUGAGGUCAAGGACUUUGCAGAGCUAAAAGCAUCACAUUUUCCAGGCGCGGCAGCUUGCGAGUUCCAAGGUCUGAUUGACGGCAAAUGGAAGGAUGCUAUCCAGCAGAAGGUCGAUGACUCUAUCGCCGCUAAACUGCUCGUAAGCGUGGAGUGGUGGGAUGAGAAUGAAUUUCGCAGGAGGGGCCUUGAUUAUAUGAUACCAGACAGUAGUCUGGUGGCCCCGGGCGAAAAGUUUCGCGUGGUCAAUAUUGCCGGCCUAGAUGUCUAUCCCUGUGGUGGGACACAUGUCGAGACGACAGAUCUGUGUGGUCGUACGACGGUGAGAAAGAUAACGCGCAAACAAGGACAAUCCAAAAUCAGUUAUUCUGUUGAUUAA